AUGGACUCGAUGCGAAGUCUCAACAAGUCGUUGCCCAAGACGAAGCGGCAGCCGGAUGUCCACCAGUCAUUCAAGAACGCCGCCCUGCAGCUGACCAACCUCUACAAGUCGGCUCUGGCAGACAGCGAUCGUGCCCGCAGUGAGGGCUACCAAGAAGCUCUUGACGACCUCCUCACAUUUCUGGACAAGGAGAACUUGGGUGUGGGGAACGGGGAAGGGUGGCGGAUACGGCAUUGGGCAACGGAGCGGCUAGAUGGGCCACGACACGCCAACAGCGACGAAGACGACGAGAACGACACAAACGACAUGGACGACAAGCGGGCCCGUAGUUCAUCGCCCAUCAUGGAACGCAACAUCAGCCCGGAAGCGGCGCGCACGCCGGAUCUCCACGCCGAGGCGGCGCAGCGGUGUGAUUCGGCGCCGCCGCCGGUGCAGCUGGAGGCAUCCAUCACGGAGCAAGAGACAUCGCCGCUGCACCAGGUGUUUGAGUUUUCCUCGCCCUCGCAGCCGUACCCUUGCAGCGUGAACACGGACGCAGCGUUUGGCGACCUGUCGGCGGCUGCGAGGCGUGCAUUUGCUGCCCCUCGGCGCGAGCGACACGCGAAUCGGUCUGCGUCGCGCAACCUGCAGAGGACGGCGACACAGAACCUGUUCCAGCUGGGUCAGGGCGCGGGGCAGAAGCGAAGGAUGAUGGAUUCCUUUCACCCAGACGGAGCCAACGAUCGACGGGACGGGGCUGGUGGAGGGCCGAAGCGGGGGCGUAUGACAUGA